UAAAAAUAUUAUUGUAUAUAAAUAAAAAUUAAAUCUGUUGAUAACAUAUAUAUAUGUAUAUGCAUAUAUAUAUUAAUAAAAAAAUUUUAAUGAAUUUAAAGAAGAAAAUAAAUUGCGAUUUAAAAUAUCGCAAGAUGGACGAGGUUUAUAGUGAUCGAAAGAUCAGAAAAAAUGUUCGAUAUAGAUUAAUAAUAAUUGAUGUGAGAUGUGAGAGAAAAUUGUCGAUAAUCGAUCGGUAAUCUUCAAUAUUGAAGGUCAUGGAGGCCAAUAUCACAUUAAAUGCUUCCUUCGUGCCAGGCGCACCAUUCGGUGACGUCACUGCAAUUCUUACCGCUGCCGUAUUAGGAAUUUUGAUCCUCGCCACCGUUGUAGGAAACGUAUUUGUUAUAGCAGCAAUUGUACUGGAAAGGAAUUUGCAAUCAGUGGCAAAUUACUUAAUCGUGAGUUUGGCCGUUGCAGAUCUCAUGGUUGCCUGUCUAGUCAUGCCUUUGGGAGCUGUUUACGAGAUAAACUCAGGAUGGUCUCUGGGCCCAGAACUAUGUGACAUGUGGACCAGUAGUGACGUCCUGUGUUGUACAGCUUCAAUAUUGCAUCUAGUGGCUAUCGCUGUUGACAGAUAUUGGGCUGUCACUGAUCUCAAUUAUAUACAGGCGAGAAAUCCAAGACGUAUCGGAUUCCUAGUAGUGGCCGUGUGGGUGGUUUCCUUGGGAAUCUCAUUGGCACCUCAACUCGGCUGGAAGGAUCCCGGUUAUUUGGAUCGCAUUGCCCAAGGGAAGUGCCUAAUUUCUCAAGAUCCAGCUUAUCAGAUUUUUGCCACCUGUGCAACAUUCUAUCUUCCGCUAUUGGUUAUUUUAUUUCUCUACUGGAAGAUAUUUCAGGCAGCAAGAAGACGAAUUAGAAAAAGACCUGGAACAACGAUACAACCUCCUCGCGAAAGAAGAGGAAUUUUGAGGCUCGUGAAAAAAAGACCUAGAGAGGAAUCAACUGCCUUUACAAUAACACGUUCAACUCCAGAUCACUCGUCAGUUUCACCAGAGAAAUCUUCCUAUAAUGGAGCAAAUAUUCAACAACAAUCGUCGACAACUGUUGCGUUAACGACAACAACAACAACAACAACGACAAUGACAACAUUGGCGACGACAUCAUCAGAGACAACGCCAGUCCCAACGACGACGACGACAACAACAACUAUAACAACGUCAUCGACAAGGAAAACGCGUGAGACAAUAGAGGCGAAACGCGAGAGAAAAGCCGCGAAAACAUUGGCUAUCAUAACCGGUGCCUUCGUCGCUUGUUGGUUGCCAUUUUUUCUGGUAACAUUACUCCAAACAUUUUUCACGUCUUUACAGCUACCACCUGUCGUUUACAGUUUUUUCCUCUGGCUCGGAUAUUUCAAUAGUACCCUUAAUCCUGUAAUUUAUACAAUUUUCAGUCCCGAAUUCCGACAGGCCUUCAAGAGGAUACUCUGUGGCGGUGCUCGAUUCGUACGCUGAUAUCUCAGAAUAAUUUCAAAAAUAAACAUUUAUCUCCUCUAUCUUCAUAUGUUAAAUAUAUUUCACGCACACUUUACGCUUUUAUAUCAGUCCUGAUAAAACGACUGAUUCAAUUUUAAAAAGAAAAGCACGCAAAAAAAAAGAAGAAUAAAUAAAUAAAAAAAGAUGCAGAAAUAUGUCUGAAAAAAAUUCAGCGACCUAAAUUUUCAGUGGUUUAAAAAGUUAUUUUCUGUUGAAACCAAAUAUUAUGCAGUAGAAUUCUUACUAAUCUAAACCUCAUUAAGUACGCAAUGAGCAAAAACCAUGUUCGUUCCAAAAAUAUUCUUAAAACG